AUCCAUAAGAAUUGUAAGAAAAACUGAAAGAAGCAAGAGUUGACUUCUAUACAACUUUCCUUGUAAACCAAUUCAUACUCUCAGAAUGGCAAGUGUUGUUGCAGAAGCAUUCCUAUCAGCUUUUGUAGAAGUGUUGCUGGAAAAGAUAAUUUCGACCGAGUUUGUGAACUACUUUCGGAGCAAGAAACUUGAUGUUUCACUCUUGGAAAAGCUAAAAUUAACAUUGUUGAGUCUUCAAGCUGUACUAAAUGAUGCUGAGGAGAAACAAAUCACCAAUCCUUCUGUCAAGCAAUGGCUUGAUAACCUGCGAGAUGUCAUCUUUGAAGCUGAUGAUUUAUUAGACAAAAUCAAUACUGAGGCAUUAAGAAGCAAAGUGAAUAAGGUAAGGAACAUGAACAUCCUUUCCUCUAGUUUCAAACAGUCUUAUGGAUUGAUCAAUUUCGAUAUUCAAAGAUUGUUCGAACGAUUAGAACAGUUUGCACGGAAAGGACACUUACUUGGACUGAAAGAAGGUGCUUCUUGCGGUGUUUGGAAUGGAACUCCUACAAGUUCUGUGGUAGAUGAAUCUGCUAUUUAUGGCAGAGAUGGUGACAGAAAAAAACUUAAAGAAUUUUUGCUGCGUACUAGUGAUGAUGGCGACAAAAUAGGAGUGAUUUCCAUUGUGGGAAUGGGAGGGGUGGGUAAAACGACUCUUGCUAAACUUCUUUACAAUGAUCCAGAAGUAAAGGAGAAAUUUGAUUUAAAAGGGUGGGCAUAUAUCUCAAAAGAUUUUGAUAUUGUCCGAGUCACUAAAACCCUUCUUGAAUCUGUAACUUUUAAAACAAUUGAUACCGAUAACUUGAAUACCAUGCAUUCUGAAUUUGUAGCAUCAAAAAGAACUGAUACUAGUGACUUGAAUACUCUACAAGUGCAAUUGCAGCAAAGUUUAUGCCAUAAGAUUUUUUUGCUAGUAUUGGAUGACAUGUGGGAUGGAAGCUAUGUGGAUUGGAACAAUCUCAAGGACAUCUUUAAUGCUGGGAAAAUGGGAAGUAAGAUCAUCAUCACAACACGAGAUGAAAGAGUUGCACUAUUUACCCACACAUUUCUUCCUAUCCACUAUUUGACACCCCUGCAAAGUGAUGAAUGUUGGUCUUUACUUUCAAAACAUGCAUUUGGAGCAAGUAACUACAAGCUUCGGUCCAAUCUACAAGUAGUUGGGAAAGAAAUUGCCAAAAAAUGUGAUGGUUUACCAUUAGCCGCAGUAGCACUUGGGGGUCUUCUCCGCACCAAACUGUCACGAGAUGACUGGAAUGAUGUACUAAGAAGUAACAUUUGGAAUUUGCCAAAUGUUGGGGUGCAGCCGACUCUUUUAUCUAGCUAUCAUUAUCUUCCGGCUCCUUUAAAAAGAUGCUUUGCUUAUUGUUCAAUUUUUCCAAAGAAAUCCAUCUUGCAAAAAAACAUGGUAGUUCAGUUGUGGAUUGCAGAAGGCUUAGUACAUAAGUCCAAAAGACAGAAGAGUUGGGAAAAAGUAGGAGAAGAAUACUUUGAUGAACUAGUGUCAAGGUCACUGAUAAGUAGGCGGUAUGUUGAUGGAGAAGAAUGGUAUGAAAUGCAUGAUCUCAUAAAUGAUUUAGCUACAAUGGUUUCAUCUCCGUAUUGUAUGAAGUUAGACGAACAUGAACUAAAUGAUAAGGUACGUCAUUUGUCAUACAAUAGAAGGAAAUAUGACUCGUACAAAAAAUUUGAUAAAUUAUAUGGACUUAAAGGUCUACGUACCUUCUUGGCCUUGCCAUUACAAGAACCGGAGGGGUUACUCUAUUCCAUAUCGGACAGGGUAGUACAUGAUUUGUUGCCUUCAAUGAAACAGUUGCGCGUGUUGUCGUUGUCAAAUUACAGGAGUAUCACCGAGUUGCCCAACUCUAUGGGAAAUUUGAUAUGUCUGCGAUACUUAAAUCUUUCUAACACUGAUAUUGAAAGGCUUCCAUCUGUAACAUGCAACCUCUACAAUCUGCAGACCUUGUUGUUGUUUGGUUGUCGGUGUCUCAUUGAAUUGCCCGAGCACAUGGGAAAAUUGGUUAAUCUACGCCACCUUGACAUCAGAGGUACACAACUGAAGGAGAUUCCAGUACAAAUAGUCAGACUACAAAAUCUUCAAACUUUGUCUGAUUUUGCAAUUAGCAAUCAUCGUAAUGGAUUGAAGGCUAUAGAGUUGGAAAAAUUACCCCAUCUAAAGGGAAACCUUUCCAUUUCAAAGCUACAAAAUAUUACCGAUCCCUUUGAUGCAUUUGAAGCAAAUUUGAAGAUGAAAGAACAAAUUGACAACUUGGAACUGCAGUGGACUCCACAUGACAGCAACGGCUCUACUAGUCGAUGUUCACAAAUUGAAGCUCUUGUACUUGAACAACUUCAACCCUCAACAAAUUUGAAGAAUCUCACCAUCAAAGGUUAUGGUGGAACAAGCUUUCCGAUUUGGUUGGGUGAUUCAUUAUUUAGCAACAUGGUGUAUUUGAGCAUAAGCGGUUGUGAUCAUUGUUCAUUGCUUCCACCGCUUGGACAAUUACAUGGUUUGAAAAAACUCAGUAUUGCUAGUAUGAAAUCAGUAAAGAGCAUUGGUUCUGAAUUCUAUGGAAGUAAUAGUUGUCUUUCAUUUCAACCAUUUCCUUCCUUGGAGACUCUAGACUUUGACGAGAUGCCCAACUGGGAGGAAUGGAACUUGAUUGGAGGUGAAGCAAUAGAGUUUCCUAGACUAAGAAAUCUGUCAAUGGAAGCAUGUCCUAAACUCAAAGGAAAUAUGCCUCGCAACCUUCUUUCGUUAACAGCACUUGAGUUAAGGGCGUGUGAUCUGCUUCUGGAGUCAAGGCGAUCAGAUGAUCAAAUCAUCCAAUCAAUAUGGUCUCCUCUUAAUUCUCUUCGGCAAUUGACCUUAGUCGGCUUUCCUUCUCUAUUAUCUUUUCCAAGAGACGGUCUACCCAAAACCUUACAAGCUCUCACUAUUCAUGAUUGUGAGAAUCUAGAAUUCCUUCCCUGUGAAUCCUUGCACAAUUACUCAUCACUUGAGGACAUAACAAUAUUUUAUAGUUGUAACUCAAUGACAUCUUUUACCUUGGGCUCUCUCCCUGUCUUAAAAAAUCUUCAUCUAUCCGGUUGUAAAAAUCUUAAAUCAGUUUUCAUUGCAGCAGAAGAUGCUUCAGAAAGUCUCUCGUUUAUUCAAAGUAUCACAAUAUGGCAUUGUGAUGAACUGGAAUCAUUUUCCCUUGGUGGUUCGUCCGCUCCUAACCUCAUCCGUUUCGAGGUGUGUUGGUGUAAGAAGCUUCAUUCACUUCCAGAACCAAUUAACACCUUCCCUUACUUACAGGAAUUAAGAAUAGUUGACCUUCCAAAUCUACAACUUUUUGCCAAAGAGGGUUUGCCUAUCAAUUUAGGAGAACUGACUGUUGGAGGGAUUUUGUGCAAUACAGAGAUUACUAAGUGGGGUUUGGAACGUCUCACUUGUCUCUCCGAGUUGCACAUUUGGGGUGAUGACAUCAUGAACGCGUUGGUGAAAAUGGAAAUUCCAUUGCUACCUGCUUCUGUCAUUUCCUUAUACAUCUCUUUACUAUAUGACAUUAAAUGCUUUGAUGGAAAGUGGCUUCGCCAUCUCACCUCUCUCCAAAACCUUGAGUUUUCAUUCUGUGACAACCUCAAGUCGUUGCCAGAACAAGGAUUGCCUUCCUCUCUCUCUGUACUCGGUAUCUCGCACUGUAAAUUACUUGAAGCCAGUUUGCGAAAGAAGCGAGGGAAAGAGUGGCGCAAGAUUGCUCUUAUUCCCUGCAUAGUUAUCAACAACAAAAUAAUCACAUGAGUGUCUAGGUAGGAACAUUUUUUAUCAAUACUCAUUUUGAAAUGUUUAUAUCAUAGGUAGGAACAUAUUUGCUUUAUGAUUUGGCUUCAGGUUUAAGUAAUGUGUUGUGCUGUGUCACUUGAAUAUGUGAAGUCUGAUUGACUAUGUGCUCUAUGAUUUUGCUAUCUUAGUUUAAUAAAAUUAGGCUACCAUUGUGUAAGUGAGACAAUAAAUUUUGACCAAACCAUUUU